AAUUGAUUGCCUGUCGGAGGAGAUCCUGCACACUACUUCACUCACGCUGUAGGGAUGGGAUCAUCACAACGGCAACGCAAGAGUGUGACGUGCUCCGCAGAUACAAAGACACAGACAGUCUCAGGGAAAAACCCUACGGAGACGAAGCUGAGCAUCUCAGAGGACCCCUCUGGCAGACCACCCUGUGCUAUGGACCAUCCUACUUUCUACUCUCCAAAGACCAGAGUGUGGCUAUUAUUCCCGGACUAUAGGUCACUGGCCCGAAAAGGUAUGGCCGUGACAGCGUUUGGAGAAAGCACGACAGCUGUCUAAACAGUCAGACUCCUCCACAAAGACCCUCUUACAAACGCCCCGGAGCGGUCUAGCAGCAAGCAAACGAACGAAGAAGAGAAAGAAAGGAAGGCGAGGGGUUAAACUCCACCGAGGAAACCUGAUGCUAAUUAAGCCUCGGGAAUGCCACAUACUGACAUUUCCCUCCAGAUCGCUCGGAGAGGGGGCCGCGGCCAACACGGGGAUGCUUACCUCGUUCUCUUUGUACUGACUUACCGACAGCAGCGCGACACCACCGGAGAGAGCAGCAGGGAGAUUGAUGACUUAAAAAUGUCAUCGCCCGCGAGGACUUUACUGUUGCUGUCGUGUUUACUGUCGCCGUGUAUCGUGUCGAAGAGUGUCUCAGAGGCAUGCGCAGGGACGCAGUGCUACGCUGGAGAGACGGGGGACCCGAGACCCCGCUCGUCCAGACCGCCGCGGCAACACAGCCCAGCAACACACAGCGGAACCGCGCCGGUGCCUCCCAAAUACCAGCGCGCGCCCUCGAACCCUCCGCCGGCGCACGGUUCCGAAUCUCACGCGACCCUCCGGUCUCAGCACGGGCGCUCGGGAGAGCGCGCAGGCGACGCUGUCAGGACGCACGCCGCUGAAGUCUUCGGUCCCGGGUGCGCCGGAGCGCACUGCGUAACCACCAAAAGAGCAGCGCAGCCUGCGAACGACACCCGCGAAUGCAGAGGGCUCGAGUGCAGGUUGCCUUUGAGGAUACGGCCACAACCGAGGGCCAGACCCUGCCUGGCAGACGCCUGCGGGUCCGGGCCCGAAGAGCAGCCUACUCUCGUCCAUGUGCCGGACAGAGCCGCUCAGUUUCUGGCGGAAUUUCCGGACAUUGGAUACCCUUCGUCGGAGCUCGGCGCCGCUCCUCUGGGAGUACAGCUGACAUGUGACAUCAAACCAGGAGAGAACGAGGUUCCCUCAGAAGAUGCGCUGGUCUUGCACCUACAGCUGGCCAAAGGUCAGGAAAAGCUUGUGGAGGCCCUGCGUGCCCAGCAGCUGGUGAUCCGCGAGCUGCAGCAGCAGCUGGUCGACCAGCAGGGGGCGCUGCUGUCCCAACAGCGGCAGAUCCUGGACCAGCAGCGGCGCAUGUACGAGCAGAUGGAUGCGGUCAAGGCGCAGUACGGCCUGCUCUCCGAGACCGUCAAGCAGGUGUCCUUCCAAAGCCUGCAGGGGGAGCUGCAGAGCUACUUCGAGAGCCACCUGGCAGGCUUACAGAGCCAAGCGCGCAGCCACCUGCAGAAGUCCUAUACCGUCCACAAAACGGACGUGGACGCCAAGGUGGCGGACGUGGCCGGGGACGCCGAGCUUCCGCUGCUGGCCUGCCACAGUGCCUGCGGCCCUGAAGAGUACUGUGACUUCCAGAGACGGCCGCCGCGGUGCGAGAGGUGCACCAUGUGCCCACCGGGAUUUUUCCUGGUGUCCCAGUGUUCCCCAAAUGCUGACAGGAUGUGUCAGGACAGGGAUGAAUGUCUGGAGAUCCAAAAUCUGUGUGGCGAGCGAGUGAAAUGCCUCAAUACGCCAGGGGGGUUUCGAUGCCUGGGCGUGUCCGAGAGAGAGCUGUCCGCAGGUCUGUGUGGUCACGAGUACUUCUACAACCAGGAACUGCAGGAGUGUCAAGCUUGUUCGGACUGUGAUGGAGGGCCGAUGGCCACGCCCUGCACUGCCACCAGCGACGCAGAGUGCGGCGCGCCCUCCGAGAACACGCUGUCGCGGUCGUGGUCCGGCUCGGUCGCGCUGCCCCCGGCCGGGGCGAGGAACGGUGGCGUGUUCCCGGGCGUGCAGCUGAGCGCGCGGGGGCCGGAGGCGGCCGAGCUGCUGGCCGGCCGCGACGGUUCUCUCGGCCUGCGCCAGCAUGGUCUGCUGUGGAUGGACCACAACUUCGCCCUGAAGCACAGCUGCCGGAACUUCCUGCAGGUGGGCGUGCGGCUGAACGGCAGCGAGGAGGAAGGUCGCGACCUGAGCGGCGUGCGGGUAGAGCAGCCGGAGAGGAAGCACGUGCAGGGGGUGAGCGUGAGUGCGGUGGCAGAGGUGGAGCCCAACCAGACCCUAUCACUUGUGCUCAGGAGCUCCAACCAGCACUGCAACCAGAGCAGGGACCUGCAGCUGUAUGAGCUGGGACCCUCCGCCUUCAGCCUGCUCUGGCUGUCCCACGACACCGGCGCUGUCGCCAUGACGGCGCACACGUCCACGGCCGCCCACUACCAGAGCAACUACCGGCCAGCGUUCCGCAUCACGGCCGUCUCGGACCCCUACAUGGUGGCACUGACCCACGACAGCCGUGGCGUGCGCUUCACAGAGCGCGGCGUGGCGAAGUUCGUCCUGCAGCAGGCGCUCUAUGCCAUGGGCCACACCUGCGUGCGUGACGGCUUCGCGCUCGUCGCCUACGUCAACGCCAACGGCACCAACCAGGAGGUGGCGCGAUCCUUCAAGACCGGGGUCAACUACCGGGACACGUCGGUCACGCUGUCUGCCGCCGCGGCCGUGGACGCAGGCGACUGGCUGAACUUCGAGGUCCUCACGCCGUCCCAGUGCAACAUCCGCUAUUUCGGAGACAGCUCCGGGAUCAGCCUGCUUAGUCUGCUCUGGAUCCCGGCCGGAGUCUCGUCCUCGCUCGCCGCCAGCGUCUCCCGGACCGGUCUGCCGUCGGGCGCUGUCAGGAACAGAGCCCUGCUCUUCCAGCAGGUGGGUCCGGAUUCCGCGCACAUACGGCUGGCCGGCGCGGGCGAGCCGCACGCCCGCCGGAACUUUGUGUUCCGAGAAGCCGGAACGGCCAACGUGGCCCUGGAAGUGAAGCUGAUCCACUCCUGCAGUGUGGUGAAGCUCAUCCUGCACCGACACGGCCAGCAGGGGGCACCCUCUGCUCUCUUGGCGCAGCAGGUCGGGGGUCACAUGCCCGAGGGCAGUGAGUGGGCCAGCGUUGGGGUGAGGUCGUCCUUUGAAGUACAGAACGGCACCGCUGUCUACGUCACGCUGGACUGCGUUCGCGGACGGAUCAACCAGAUUACACACGAGGGCAGCACAGGUAUCUCGGUCCUCUGGGUGGCUGCAUGAUUCUGAUUGGCUCAGGGUUGGGGCUUUUCACAGGUGCUCGCGGAAACAUGGUGCUUUCAGAAAUGGUGUAUCUGAACAAACCGGAACCUGAACGAUUGUUUGGACGUCUGAAUAUUUGUUAAUUUCAAAUAUGCAGAUAUGCUGUUUGAAUUUGUCUUUGUGAAGAUUUUGUUUAUUUUACUAAUUUUAGUCAUUUUAUGUGUAUAUUACUUUUGUUUAGGUCUGAUACACUCACAGAAAUACACACUUAAGAGGAGAACUGUGCUUUGAUUUCUUUGGUGAAGUGUUAGCUAAACCUUCAAACAAGUACUGAUAUCUUACCAAGUACUUCGGCUGGUUGAACAGUGACCAACCUUCCCCGAGGGGGAGAAUGUUUUGUCCUCGGUUUGUUUUGCUGUCUGAUCAGGAGUGUUUGCACAUGCUUGUGUGUGGGCAAGACAAAGGGAGGGUAACACAAUGCAUGUCCACAUGCUCCUAGGAAACUACUCUGCACUUUGUAUUAUACUGUAGUCCACACAACAUUGUACAGGAAUGGGGCUUGUUAAAACUUAGCCAUUCAAAUUAUUUAUCUAUUUGAAAAACAUAAUUUUGCUUAAACAUGCGCACAUAUUUUACGUUAUAAUGACACUUUUAUCUGCAUCUCUAUAAAGUAUUUAGAUAAUGAAUAAUUAUAUAAGCAAAUACAACUGCAAUGUGUGUGUUGUGUUCUCGCUGUAGUUUAAAAGGGAAAACACACACAGGACAUAAUCUCUUUUUUAAGGACUUCUUUCAGGGUACGUGAGUGUGCAUCCUGGCAUGGCGUCCCUCACCUGUGACUGCUCUCUCUGUAAUUACGCUGUAAUUCUCCCGAACUGUUACAAAUACGCUCUCUGCGACUGACGGCCCUGACGAGUGCUAUGUUCUUCGCUGACUAGUCAUUUGUUCUUCCUGCAAAAAAACUCAGAACAAACUGUAGAAGGAAGUGUGAUCUUUUGAAUAAAAUCCUAAAU